GGUGUAAGGAAGGAAACAACAACAAACACGAGAGAGACCACUUCUAAAGAAAAGCCAACUCCACCCGAGGAAGAAGAGAAAAGAGAGAGCCAGCAGAAUAUUAAGGUGCCUCUCUCUUGGACUGAUUCGCUUCAUUCGCAUCUCUAUUUCUAUUUCAUCCCCACCUCUUCUUCUACUAUACCAUUACCCUCUCAUCUCAUCUCAUCUCAUCUUUCUAUCUUCAUUCUUUUCCCUCAAAACAACAACAAACAUCAAAGAAGAAAAACAUAGUUUUUGCUGCUUAGUUGAAUUCAUGGCCGUUCAGGCUCAAUAUCCAUCCAAUGUCCUCCUUCUAAACAACAGAAACGGGCAAGAAGCACAUCAUGAGUACUCAUUACAACCACAACCUGGAGGACUAAUUGAUCAAUCUCACCACAUGCUAUACAACAACAAUAACAAUGGUACUAAUUCCCGCAAGAGAGGCAGAGAAGUCACAGGAAUUGGCCAUACAACAACAUCAACAACCCCAAGUAAUGGUAUCAUGAACCAAUUCUCUUUGCAAUCUCAGCCUCCACAACUUAUAAACCUCUCUCAACUCCAUAAUCAUCAACAAAAUGGGGUUUCAACUGGGUUAUGCUUAUCCUUUCAUGACCAUCAAAAUCAACAACAACAAAGACUUCAUCAAAAUCAACAACAAAAUGGGUGUCACUCCUCUGCAUUCCUAUCUCUAUUAUCUGAAGGUUUUGCUUCACAAAUCAAACAACAGAGGGAUGAAAUAGACCAAUUGCUUCAAGCACAGGGAGAGCAACUGCGGCGGACAUUGGCGGAGAAGAGGCAGAGGCAUUACCGAGCGUUGCUACAAGCGGCGGAGGAGACGGUGGUGCGGCGGCUGAGGGAGAAGGAAGCCGAGGUGGAGAAAGCCACGCGCAGGAACGCGGAGCUACAAGCACGCGCCGCGCAGCUGAGCGUGGAGGCGCAGGUGUGGCAGGCCAAGGCCAGGGCGCAAGAGAUCACGGCGGCGUCGCUCCAGGCACAGCUUCAGCAGACAAUAAUGUGCCACGGCGGUGGCGACGACAACGGCGGCGGAGGAGGUGGAGGCGGUGUCUCGUGCGCUGUGGAGGGCCAGGCGGAGGAUUGCGAGUCGGCGCACGUGGACCCGGUCAGAGUGGCGGCGGCGCGUCCGAAAUGCAGAGGGUGUGAGCGGCGCGUGGCAUCGGUGGUGGUUCUUCCUUGUCGGCACAUGUGCAUUUGUGCAGAAUGCGAUGCGCAUUUCAGAGCAUGCCCUGUUUGCCUCACCCUCAAGAAUUCAACAGUUGAGGUCCUUCUCUCUUAGCAACAUGAAUUUACCAAAUUGCCCUCCACAUCAAUGUCCAUAGUACUUAAAAAAAUCACCACAAAUUUUCUGAUAUAAAAAAAAACAAAAUUAAUAAAAUUACAUUUUUGUUUCUCUCUUAUGAAUUUCUUGAAGAAAUCUGGUUGUAGCAGAUUUACCUUCACUUGAUGUACAUGGCCACAUGGGUAGAAGUGGGAUUUUCUUUUAUUUUAUUAAUUUAUUUAUUUUUGUUAUUUCUCUAUCAGAAAUUAUAUAUAUUAUUGAUAUAUUAUAUUCUUUCAUUAAUUGGAUGGGUGUUGUUUCUUUGUUA